CCACUGCAAUUAGAUUAACUAAUUUACAUUGCAUUUUGUUUUAUCUUAGCAACCAGUUAUAUCAAUAUACCCAACGAUUUUUACUUGGUAAAAAUUUGUUUUUUUUAUCAUAAAAAUUACUUCAGGAACAGAAAGUUGCGAAAAUAUCGUUGAUAACAAUAUGAAUUUAGGACCGUCAUGGAAAAUAUGGCGUCACAAAAGAUACGUGGUGGCCAUUAUGGCAUUUUUGGGCUUUAUGAAUAUAUAUACUCUAAGGGCAAAUUUAAGUAUAGCCAUAGUGGACAUGACACAAUUAAAAAAUAUUACUCUAGAUAAUGGUACUACAAUUUUAAAAAAGGACUUCGAUUGGGACUCAAAGCUUCAAGGUUAUGUUUUAAGUUCAUUCUUUUAUGGUUAUGUGUUCACUCAAAUUGCCGGAGGAUAUUUAGCAACUAAAAUAGGAGGAACCUGGGUUUUUAGCUUUGGUAUAGCCUCUACUGCCUUUUUCACCCUUAUUACGCCCUGGGUAGCUAAAACAAAUGUAUAUUUUUUUAUAGUUGUACGAACAAUAGAGGGAUUAUGUGAGGGUGUAACAUUCCCUGCAGUCCAAGAAAUUUGGUCACAAUGGGCACCUCCUGCUGAAAAAAGCCGCCUCGUUAGCAUAUCUAUAUCUGGUGGCUACUUUGGUGCUGUGGUGGCAAUGCCUGCUUGCUCCCUUAUUGCUUCCAGUCUUGGAUGGGAGUAUAUAUUCUAUAUAUUUGGUGCCGUUGGACUUCUGUGGUAUCUAAUCUGGGUAAUACUAAUAGCUGCAUCCCCUUCUAAAGAUAAACGAAUAGAUCCACUAGAAUGCAAAUAUAUAGUCGACGCAAUAAGUGCCGUUAAAAGCGACGAACAUAUUGAAGUCCCUUGGAGACGUAUACUGACUUCACCAGCAGUCAUUGCCAAUGCUGUUUGUAUGAUUUCUGAGGGAUGGGGUUUCUAUACACUUCUUACAUUUCUGCCACAAAUGAUAAAGUCGCUCUUGGACUUCGAUCUGAAUCAAGUAGGCUUUUUGGCCGCACUUCCCUACUUAGUGAUGUCGUUGAUGGUACAAGCAGGUGGUUACUCAGCAGAUUUCAUACUGCAAAGAAAGUACCUAAACACUACUCAAGUUAGAAAACUGUUGAUAAUGACAGGUUUCUCCGCACAAGCCAUAUUUUUACUUCUGGCUGGAUACUGGGUAUCACCUGUAGGUACAUCAGUUUGUCUUGUCGUUGCAGUAGGAUUGGGUGGAUUGGCUGUAAGUGGAAUGGGGGUAGUCCCUAUUGAUAUUGCCCCUAAGUUUGCCAGUGUCAUCUACGGAAUAGCCACUACGGUUGCUACUUUACCAGGAAUAAUAUCCCCCAUUUUAACGGGAUACUUAGUGACCGAUUCAACCAACAUUUUUCAAUGGAGGAUAGUAUUUUAUAUAGCAUCUGGAAUAUACCUAUUUGGGAUCAUUGUAUGUUUUAUGUUCAUCUCUGGUGUAAGACAAUCAUGGGCUGACAAGGAAGAAGUGAUAAUGAAGGACAACCAUAAUCAAUCUUUUGUGUCUACUGAAUGAAUAAGAUUAUAUAUUAAAAAGUGUUAUUUUAUUUAUAACAUACCCAUUAAAAUUUGUUUCUUACUUUUA